UGUGCAGCAUUCUACAGCUGCUUCAGCGAUGAGACCUUCCACUUCUCCUGUCCACCGGGAUUACGCUUUGACUUGGAGCUGCAAGUCUGCACCUGGAAAGCGAAAUGCGUUACCGCUUUAGGGCCGCAGAAUAAAACCACUCCUUCACCGGUUCCGCAUCCGGAACAUGCUGCCACAGCCGCAGCAGAACUGGUGCAGUGCACGAGUUUGGAUGAUGUGCGCUGUGCGGACGGUUCCACGUGCAUCGCACGAUGUAAAAACCGACCAGUUUGCCAGCCAGCCGUGCAAAAAGGAAAACUGCGUCCUCCCCAGCUGCUUCUGCAGCGCAGAUCUAGAUGGCACCCAAAUACCAAACAAUCUUCAGAUGAAUCAAGUUCCACAGAUGAUUGUGCUGGCAUUUUUGGGAGCCGUUAACAUUCAAAACUAUGACCUUACUCGUGCCCUCUUCCUUCCAACGCGUCUGAACCCGAACCAAUGUCCGGUGCGCGGCACAUUCUUCGUCUCGCACGAAUAUUCCGACUAUUCGCAGAUCGAACGGCUUUUCCUCAGUGGACAUGAAAUCGCACUCAGCACCAUAAGUCGAGAUCGAGAAAAUCAGUUUUGGUGGACCUCCGUGUCCAGCUACAAAGACUGGGGCAUGGAACUGCAAGGCCAGCGAGAAAUCCUGAACAAUUUCGCUCAUAUUCCGCUGACGGAAGUACGCGGCGCACAGGCACCCAGUCUGCAUUUAGGCGGCAACACGCAGUUUGCGGCUAUGCAGGAUUUCGGCUUUGAAUGGGAUAGCUCGAUAACAGUACCGUCAGCCGGGCGACCUGUUUGGCCGUAUAAAUUAGCCUAUUCCGUGCCGCAUAAGUGCCAUCAAUCCGGCUGUCCCACAAGGCCGUAUAACUUGUGGGAAAUACCCAUCAACCAGCUAGUGGACGCUCAAGGAUUCGGAUGCUCAUCGCUUGGAUCGUGCCGAAAUGAUGAAUUUAAAUCUUCGGACGAAGUUAUGCAGUGGCUGUUGAAGAGAUUCUACCGGCACUAUCAUGAUAAUCGCGCACCACUGGUGUUACUCAUCGUCGUCAUCGAUCACAACUGGAUGCAAGACAACUUCGAUGCCCUUCGCGGUUCAUCGAAACGGUCAUUACGAAGCCGGAGCAGGACACCUUUUUCGUCACAUAUCACCACCGAUAAGCGCUUUCGUUCAAGUUGAGGUCAUUCCAUAGUUUGGCGGUCCGGUUGGAAAAUUCGUUUCAUUUGCCGGUACAGUUGUGCCACAAAAGGUUGUGUUAGCCGCUUGGAUCGGGAAUGGAUGUUGAGCCAUACGAGUGACAUUCCGCGUGUUCCGCGUGAUCUAACGCCGACCACGUUAGAUCUCAUGGCGGAGUUCACAGCCUGGGCGUGCGAUGAAGAAGCCACUCCGAACGUGUGUGAACCUAUAGAGUGUGACCUCCCGUUUGUCCACGGCGGCGUGUCCGGCUUCGUUCCCGUGGAAGGACAACGUCGACGGCAGACGCAGUGUUGACUCUACAGCCAAAAAAUAUGUCGAAACUACUGCAGCCCAGUCCACUACAACCACUGCAGCGCCGUAAAUUCUUCACUACAUUUUGAUAAAGUCAUAAUUUCCUGAGUUUUUUGUUUUUUGCACACACGAAAUUAACUAGCACCUGGUGUUGUACACCUGCAUUGUAACAUAGCCAUGUACAAUAUGUUCUGUCUUUACUUUUACUAGUUUAUUUUUUAUCGUGACUGAUAGUA